AUGACUACCUUUUGCUAUUCGGGCCCGUUUGGUCCGCCUCUCCCGUAUCCCCCAUACGAGGGGCGGUCCUGCAGCGAAGAGACUGACGAACAUGUCUCAGCUGGCUCACCAAAUUUGCCGUAUGGCGGGCCUUUCAUUGGGUAUCCACCAGCUCCACCGGAUACACCUGGAGCACCAGACUAUGGGUAUGGCGUCCCACCGCAGGAUCCGCUCCUGCAGCAUUCGGUGAGAAGGUCGUAUCCGCGGCACAGUUCUCGCGCAUAUUUCGACGGAGUAGGCUAUUGUCCAGCUUCUAUGCUUCAUGCCGCAUCCCCGGCUUCAUGGGAAUUGCCGUUUUUUGGCUGCGGCAGCUCGCUGCCUCCUUCUGGUCCUUACCAGAGGCAACUUUCGUCGGCAUCUGCAUUUGGGUACUCUGCAGAAAUACCGCCAGCAGACUUUGCAGCCUCGCCGAUUCUAGGGCUUCCGCGCUUGGCGUAUGAAAGCGAGGUAGCUUUGGUGCACUUUGCUGUGUAUCUCAUCUGCGCGGUUGGUUGCGUCUGUGUUUACUACAACCUUGUGGUGUUGGAGGCUUAUGUCCUGGCACUCUUCUGGGCAGUCGUUUUUUCUAUCCCGCUGCGGACGGCGAUGAACGUGCUCAAGCGCCUGAUUCUUUUGAGCGCUCAACCGAGCAUUGACGCUGUCGCCGCAUCACAGGCGGGUGCUGCGUCUGCCGGACCGACACAGCUCAGCCACCGAAGUUCUCUCGCGUCUGCUGCACCUCCAGUGACUGCCAGUGCGAUCUUCAUGCAUUCGCCUCCUCGGUUGGCGUCUUCAGCCUCGUCAGCUUUAACAGGAGAAUGCCAUACAGGGACGCCGCCGCCAGAGGGCACUGGUGGCUUUGUGCCUCCUCAGGUGUACAGACACCGCAGCACGUCAGAAUCCAUUGCAACCCGUAUUGCUUCGCGGCUGUUGCCGUCAGUGGCCCCAACCGCUGCUGCAGCGGAGAGUUUGCUGGCUCAAGAGAAUCUCGUAAUCGCGGAGAAACUUGGGAAAGUGAGCGACACACUUAAAGAAGUCUUGGAGCGAGAGUCGGAAGAGUCGCAACCUCCACUGACGCAGAGCGCUGACAUGCCGGUGACGCCACCCUCUUCUGAGCACACGCAACCAGAAGCCGGCUCUCUUGCAGGCCCUGAAUCCCAGGCACGAGGACCACAGCAGCUAGAGGAGACGCAAGAUGCUAUUGCACCCGAGUACCGAGAGGCAUCUCCAGUGGUGCCGGCUGCUGGCCGCCGCGAAGGCGAAUCUGUUGCACCUCGCCCUCUUCCGACAAGCGAAAACGCUGAUGAAGAAGCAUCUGCGUCCCAUACUUUUGAUGGGACCCUCACGGGGGCGUGGACGAAGGAGGCGUGCGAAUACUCGCAAGAAAGAUGCGAAGACGGCGAAGGCAACCCUCCGAGAGCAGGGAAUCCUAGAGGAGACAAGCUGCGUGUGCCAGCAUCCACGCCUGCGCAGCGGAGCCGCGGCUGGGGAGGGGGGGGGGGAGGGCGGCUCAAGACGCCCUCCAGUCGUCAGCCCUGGGGAAAGAAGAACGGCGGCGUGCGGAGGGGAUGGUCUCCUCAUCGCGUGCCGGGUUCUCUAGAGGGCGCCUCUGCAGAAGCAAAGACAGGAGGAGGCCCUGCUGGGCGUCGGCACAAGGGCUCGGAUGCGCCCUGCGUCGGCUGUUUGGCCAGGCAGCCCUCCUGGUCUCUUCUCGGGGACGUGUUUCUCUCUUCCUUUCUCGUGCGCCUUCCGGCGAGGUUCCUGCUCUUCAUGCUCGCCCCGCUUCAGUCCCUAGUCUCUCCCUCGCCACCUGGCCACGCCGGCUCAGGUCGGCACGCCUCGCGACCUUGGUUUGCGCUCCUCUAUCGCACCUGCUUGGUGCUUCUCGUCUACCGGGUUAUCUCUUCUUACACGCGCUACUCUUUGUCAACGGUGCUUCUGUGUGCGGCCGGCGUCGGGCUCUUCGCUCUAAUCGUCCGCUUUGUGUUGAUCGUCGCCGGCAAAGAAGAGGCAGCGAACAAAAGCUUAGCCUGGCUGUCUCAGCCGUGGAUGUUCAAACCUCUUCGGCGGCUCCUGAUGCUGUUUCAUGGCUCCAUGCAGAGUUCGCUGAACCCCCUUCUGGCCAUCAUUGUCAUGUUGACGUCGGUGCUCAUUCUCUGCUUGAUCGUCGCUUUCUUCUGUUUCCAGUUCUACAACGAGAUCACGCUGUUAUGGGACGCGUUUCAGCGAAUUAUCGACACGUAUAUCCUUCGUUCCUCGACUAUGCAACAGGCGAUGCAGACGAUUCACAGCUUCGCGGGCUCGCCUGAGGCAGACCCGGGCCCGUCGUCCACGUUGCACAACACGACGAUUCCGUCUGCGUCCGCGCCGCCACUUUCUGCCUCCCAGAUCAUUUUCAAUCUGAUUACGAAGGCCGCGGAGGCCGCCAGUGCAAGCAGCUCGGGGGGGACAAGCGAGGGAGGAGGCCCGCACGCAGGCGGGCCUGCGGGGGGCGAGGCCGAGGCGGGGUCAGUCGGCGCGGCUUCGCAGCCUGUUCAGGGCCUGCCCACGGGCGUCGCAGGCGCCGUGGGAAGCUUGAGCGCCACAAUUGCCGCGGCGAUCGCCGCGGGCGCCAGUCGGGCCGGAGGGGGGCGCGCCGGGGCGGCCGCCGCGGAGAGCUCGGCAUCGCCGCUGAGACAGCUCCUCGGGGGCAGCAUCGGACGCUACUCAGAUCUGUGGCUCUCCAUACGCCAUCUCGCAGCGAACGCUUCGGCGGGGGCCCCCGCUGCAGGCCUCAGCGAGGUCUCUGGGUCCGCACGGGGCGCGAGCUCAGGCUCUGCUCCCGGCGAACCAGCAGGCGGCGUGCACUGGCAAAACGGUGGCGCCGAGAACAUUCCCGUGGUCAUUGUUCGCGCCCAAAGCCCGCAGGAGCCGGGCGUCCCCGCCCUGGAUCUCCCACCUGCCACGCCAGACUCCACGAGAGGCAGUUCUGCAGCGCCCCCCCUGAAGGCCUCGCACGGGCCUCGAGCGGCAAGGAUUCGCGGCGGGGGACGCCGGCGGAGGAGGCGGACGAAGGAGGCGGCGACCGCAGACGCCCGUGCAGGACGAAGCGCAGAGGAGUGGCGCGGCGGGGCGGGCCUGACAAGCAGUUUGGGGGCCUUGGAGACGACGGGGACGGGGGCGCGUGGCCUCUGGCGUGGCUUUUUCGAUGGCAAGCCGGCGGCGACCGCAGCGAGCACAGCGCCCUCGUCUGCUUUCGGGGCGACGCUGUGCAGCAGCGCGGGCGAUGCGACGAAAGAGCUAGACUGGUUCGAGGCGCUCGAGGAAGAAGACGAAGACGGAGCCGGCAGGAAAACGGCGUGCCCAGAAGACCCCGUGCGGAGGGGCGCGCGCGUGAGUGUCGGGCGGCUUGGAGGCGGCGCGUCUGCGAACGGGGUGCGCGACGCGGCUCGCGAAGGAGCACGAAACGAUGAACUCGAAGGCGCCAGUCGCGAAGUGGGGUCGACCGGCAAGGCGGAAAGCCCCGAGGCGACCGACCUGGUCGGCUGGGCGCCGCAGGGACAGGCGCUGCAGGACGCGGGGCCCGCUGCGCGAGGCGACGAGCUGGCCUCGUGGGGCGCCAAGGGCGAAGAGGAGGACGCGGACGCGAGUCUCCACGAAGGCGUCUGGAAGCGCUGGGAGAAUACCGCGGAGUUGAUUGGACAGCUGCGCAGAGGGAACUUGUCUGGCGCUGCAGGCAAAGCGAAGGAGGCGUGGAACGAGAUCUACUCUCUCACGAGUGAAGGAUGGUGGUCCUACGUGACGACGUACGCCAACACGUUUUUCUCGGGGCUGCUGAACAGCGGGUUCGGCGCCGCCAGGGUAUUCUUCUUUGUCUGCUUUUUGGUUUUCCGCUUUUUCCUAUCCGCUUUCGACAUGCUUCUUCAGGCGGUUGUUUUCUUCAGCGCGUUGUACUACCUUCUGUGCAGCAGCCGGAGCUGUUUGGAGUAUCUCGAAGAGUUACUUUGCAUCGUGGACCCCAGCUGCAUUAUCUCGCACUCGAUCAAUCGCGGGCUGCGAGCGAUUCUCUACUCGUCCUUCAAGCGCUUCUGGUUCUACAGCCUCUUCACCUGGUUCGUGUACGAGAGCGCGGGCAUGCCGGUGGUGUACGUCCCGACUGCGGUCUCGGGGCUCCUCGCGCUGCUUCCUCUCCUUCCUCCGGAAAGCAUUUCUGUCAUUCCCUGCCUCGUGCUGUGGUGGGGCAGCGGCGCCGAAGACGCAGCGAGGGCUGCAGGCGCGCCUGCGGUGCAGAGAGCUGACGAGCCUUCAGCGGGCCUCUCCGGCGGGACGGCGGCGACCGCCUGGUGGGCGGUGCUCCACGUGGCUGCCGCGUCUCAGCGGAAACUCGGCGCUGUGGCGCUCUUUGCUGCAAAUGCAGCGGUGUGGUGGAAUGUGACGACGGCGAUUUACCGGGAGAUCCCGGACAGCAAUCCGUGGCUCGUCGGUCUGUCUGUGGCCCUCGGCCUCUCGACGUUUGGCCUGAAGGGUAUUAUCAUCGGUCCGGUUCUGGCGACUAUUCCGUUGAUUGUUUUGACUGCCGCGGCGAAGUUCAGCGAGCGCCGCGCGCGCGAGCACCAGCUGGCGGCGAUGGUCGCGCAGCAGACGGCGGGGUCCCCGCUGAGGUCGCCGACGGGCUUCCGGUCCGCCGUGGGGUCGUUUUCGGGCGCGAGUUCUCUUUGUAAGAAGACGCCGAGUGCGAAGCGCCGGCGAGCUCAAACGCCCAGUCGGCCUGCUGCACCUGGCGCGGCGGCCGGCGGCGCCGUCGCAGAGAGUCGUGCAGAGGCAACCAGCAGCGACCGGGCGAAGCAAGGCGCAGACUCGUCUCGCGCAUAUCCAGAUUCCGGCGCAGCCCCGCCGCCUGAGGGGAGACACGACGCCUCUUCGGAGUCGUCAGGCGAAGAGCGCUUCAGCGGCGCAGCCAUUCCAGGCAUCGAAGACGUCAUUUCGGGCCCGCCGUCGACCCCGGCUGCAGGAUUGGCUGCAGCGGAACUCGCAGCCGCGGCGAAUGCAGCGGCCGUGGCUGAAGUGACGGCGCUCGUUGGAGAAGCUGGGGGCGCAGUGGUCAGCGCGCCCGUCGUCGCUGCGGCACAGAAACUCACGGGGCAGCGCCUGUCCGCGAAGGCCCUCCGGCAGCAGCCCCAGCCUCCGGUCUGCGACCCCCCCACGCAGCUCCUGCCGCUUGCAGGCGCGCUGGCGACGACACCGCAGGCGAGUCCCAGUUCCGGAGAGAGAGGGCCGCCAGAUCCGGCCAGCCGCAGAGUCUUCCUAGGCGGCGCGCCCGCGCCCACCCCUCCGUCUGUUCUUCGGUCGUCGUGGGCUCCAGAGCGCGUGGGCGUCGCAGGCGUGCCGGCGAGCCCGUUCGCCGUCCCCGGGCCCGCAGUGGGUGCAGCGUGCCCGCCGGGCUCCCUGCCCCUUGCAGGGUCGGAGACAAGCAGCGAGACCGACAGCAGCCGCCGAUCGAGCAUGAGCAGCGACAGCCGUGCCUCGUCCAGCGCGGGGCAGGCCGACGAGCUCUGGUGGAGCCUUUCAGGCGAUCGCGGCGACCAUCCGCCUUUCUUCCGGCUCGCGGCGGAAGACGGGCGCGCCCCCGCGCCGCAGCUCCGCGCGUCCGUGCCGCGCACGGGCCCGCGAGCAGCGGCCGCGGGGAAGCAGCACGUUCUGGGGGCUGUGGAGAGCAGGCCCUGGAAGUCCGUGGGCGCGGGCCUGGGCGACCUGCGCAGGUUUCGAGAUCCGCGUCUGUUCUUCUGGGCUCUUCACCAGCGAAAGCCCUCGAAGCGCAGUCGCGCGAUCUGCAGCGGGUUGCCGCGAGUGGGCGCGUGGACCCACCACCUGGGCCACUUCGCGGGCCGGGCCUCAGCGGUGCCAGGCGUGCGCGGGCGGCACGGCUGGAGCCACAGCAAAGGCGCCGGUCGGUGCCGGACGCGAGAGGGAGAGGCGGCAGCCUGGAACGACGCGCGUGAGGCCGCGGUGCUGUCUGCGAACGACGCACCCGCGCCUCCCUCAGGGGUGUUUCUGGAGUGUGCCGGGGGGCGGCCUCACGCGCGAGUCGCGGCUUUGGAGACGUCGCGAUCAGUGCUGCUUGGGGCGCCGGCCGCCGACGCCGUGGCGCCGCCCCCCCUGUAUCAGCGAAUGCUGGCGGCGUGGAGCCCAACAGACGUGAGAGAGGUGGGAUGCGGAGGCGAGCUCGCGACCGCGCGGACUAGCGCGCGGCGGGGCUCCCUGCCCGGCGGGCCCCGAAGCGCGCCUCAGGUGGGCGGAGGGGGACUGGGGAGGGCGAGGACGCUCGAGGCGAGCGACGCGGAAGGCAAGUCGGCAGAGAGGCGCAGCGUUAGCAAGCCUGAGCAGGGGGGCGGCGGAGAGAGUGAGGAAAAGGUGCGCUCGUCUUCGAUGCUGGCCGCCGCCGUGCUCAAAACGGCGGAGAAACUCGAGUGGCUUCUCGAACGACCGAGUGGGGGCGCCGCCGGGGCCUCGGCCGCAGUCGAGACCAGGGGCGCCCACGAGGCAGCAGCAGACAGCGGGGAGACGGCUGCGGCGGCUCCCGCUAAACGCGUGGGGGAGACGAGCGCGCGGCUCUCCAGGAAAUCUCAGAGAGCUGCUCGCGAGGGGUCUGAUGCACUCACGCGGCCGGUUUGCGGCGACGGGAUGCGGCGCCCGCCUUUCGGGCCAGCUGCCGCAGAUCCUCGCGGGGCAGGCUCCGGAGUUAGCCGUCGUGAGAGUGGCGCAGAGGGGGGGGGCGAUGCACAGGCCUCGAGGCCUUCCAGCGGCGUCGAGAAACCGCAUGCGGAGAAAGCCAAAAAUAGCGCUCGCGGUCGCGCGUCCCUGCCCACUUCAGGCGCCGGACGCGACGCGAGCGUGGAAGGGGCGAAGAGACGCGCCAGCAGGCGGCAAGGCAGGGGGAAGAAGGAUGCGCCGCCUGAAGAAUAUCGGGAAACACCCAGGGACGGAAGGCAGAUAGACAUCCAGACCCGAAAGAUGUGA